AUUGAUAAUUUCAGAUGGCUCUAAGCCUGCCAAGAAUGGUGGUCGGAAGAGGCUUGUACCAGCAGUGUUUUCACUUGUCUGACCGGAAACCAGCCCCUCCACUUGGUUUUCAAGCCUAUGUUGAACGGUUUCCGAAAAGUUAUCAAAAUGCCGUGCAGAAGAGUGCGCAUGAGCUGGAUAAUCUGUUUAAGUUAAAAACUGAUGGAAAUAUAGAUAUUCAAGGAGCCACAAGUAUUAAUGGUGAACAACUUCUAAGCUUCCUAGCUACAAAACGAAAACCAAACAUCAGUAUGAGUAGUCUGGAAGUAAUAAAACCGACUUUACUUCAGUUGAAACAUGUAACAAAUCCUCAUGCUAAAGAAUUCCUGGAUAAAGCACCCAGGAGCCCCAAAACAACAGAUGAUCAGUCCUUAAAAGCUCAACCUAUUCAGACCAGCUCUAAAAAACAUGUUGCCAAGGCCCCGAAACAGACUUUACAAAAACCUCUUGCUCAAAAUUCCAACGAAUUGUCUCUUGAAACUUAUGACAAUGUGACAACAAAAAGCUUUGAAACCAUUUCCUCUCUAUGAUCAAAACCACAACCUAGCCAGACUAUAGGAACACCAAGAACCAAAGUGAGAAGCUCCUCAAAAAAAGAUAAUUCAUUUUCUUCAAAUCAGACUGAGACCAUAGUCCCUCCAAAACCCGUGCUAUCUGAAGAGAAAAAAGCAUCUGAAGCUCAGACUAAGACUAAGCCUGAAUCCCCAACCGAGCAAUCUUUGGACGAAUCCUCCGAAACAUUAAAACCCUUAGGUGAUAAAAUAAAAGCACACAAAGUGAAGAAAAUACUGGAAAAGUACCAAAGUGAAGAAUCUUUACAAAGUGAUUCUGUACGGUUCAAAGGACAACCUAAAAAAGUCGCACAGGCAAUGGAAAAUUCACCUGUUGAUGCUGUAGAUAAUUCAACUGUACAUGCGGUAAUGGAUUCAGCUGUACAGUCGGAAGAAAAUUCAGCUAUAGAGGCAAAAGGAAAUUCCACUGGACAGUCUGUAGAAAAUUUAACCCUACAGGCUUUAGGAAAUUCCACCGUACAAUCAGUAGAAAACACAGCUGUACAGGAAAAAGAAAAUUCCACUGUACAGUCAGUUGAAAAUUCUGCUGUACAGGAAAAAGAAAAUGCCACUGUACAGUCAGUUGACAAUUCUGCUGUACAGGCAAAAGAAAAUUCCACUGUACAGUCAGUUGAAAACACUGCUGUACAGGAAAAAGAAAAUUCCACUGUACAGUCGGCUGAAAAUUCUGCUGUACAGGCCAAAGGAAAUUCCACUGUAGUAUUAAAAGACAAUUCCACUGUACAGCCUAAAAGUGAAACUAUUGCAGCGCACUAUAAAGCAAAGUUGACGAAAGGGGACAAUUUUGUACUGCAAACCGAUAAACCAGUUACCAACAGUUCUAAGGACCUUAGUACUAAUGUAAACAAAGAUUCAGUCCAACCACUGCCAGAGCAGUACAUUAAAAAUGUAAACAAAGAUCUAAGACAAUCUUCAACUGGUUUUUUCUCUUCAAUCAGAAAUUCUUUAAAGGGUAUGUUUAGAAAAUAGAAAUUGAACUUUU